UACAAGAAUGAUCUCUUUUUGUUUCUUCGUUGUGCAUAUAUGUGCUUUAUCUCUGUUUAAAGAAUCGAAAUAGUUCUUGAAACAUCGUAACUGAUGAUAUAUAUGCUUUCUCUCGAAAGCUUGCAUUGUCCAUCUCUGGGGCUUUCAUGUUUUAUCAGCAGUCUCUAUGUUCAUUCAGGUGGAACCUGUCAGAGCUUCAGUUCUGGAUGUAUUAGUCUGUUGUGUAGAUAUGGUUCUCAAUACCGAAUGGGUGCAGAUUGAAGCAAUAGAUUUAACCAGUGAUGGUUCUGCUUGGGGAUUUGGCAUAACAGGUGGUAGAAGCACCGGAGUAGUUGUGAAAACUAUUGUUCCUGGAAGUGUCACUGAUAAAGAUGGUCGAUUACAAAUAGGUGACCACAUUAUACAAAUUGGUGACAUAAAUCUUCGAGGUAUGGGCUCCGAGCAAGUGGCAAUGGUAUUACGACAAUGUGGCCCUCAGGUUCAUCUGAUAGUUGCUAGACCUAUUGAACCUACUACUCCUGAAGAAAAUCUUAUUCAGAGUGCUUCAGCCAUUGUCCCAACCAGAAUUUUGAAUGAACCAGAAGAACUGGAACAACAAUUAAAUGUUUAUCAACCGGGUCCUAAUGGUUUUUCAGAUCCAAUGAUGCAAGAUAUGUAUUCUGUUGAACCUAACGCUUUGGUACGAAAAGAAUCAGUUGUGUAUAAAAGGAAUGAAAGAAUGGACAUGGAGAGUUUUGAAGUAAAUUUAGUCAAGGAUCAUCAGGGCUUAGGAAUAAUUGUUGCUGGUUAUGUGUGUGAAAGAGAGGACAUAUCGGGUAUUUUUGUGAAAAGCAUUGCUAAAGGAAGUGUAGCAGAUCUGUGUGGUCAAAUUAGAGUGCAUGAUCAAGUUGUAGAGGUUGAUGGCCAUCCUCUGAAAGGUUAUUCGAAUUGUGAAGCUGUAGAAAUUUUGAGAAAUACAGGGAAAUAUGUUAAACUCCAACUAGCAAGAUAUAAUCACGGCUCAAAAUUUGAUCAUUUGCAAGAAGCCAUGGGUUCAGAUAAAAUUCAUUCUUCAUAUGAUUAUACCAGUGCUUCCAGAAAAUCCAUUUCAAAUCCAUCUGUUCCAGACAACCAUUAUACUUUGAGUGCAAUAAAUAUUGAAGAAAUUAAAGCCAAAUGGGAGAAAACUUUAGGUCCCAGAAGUGAAAUAAUUGUGGCAUCUCUUCAGAAGAAUGAUAAUGAAGUUGGAUUUGGUUUUAAUGUUGAAACCCGAAGAGAUGAUCAAUCCAUUCUUCAUCAUUUUAUUUCAGACAUAUGUAAAGGUUAUAGUGUGGAUCGCAGCGAAAUGCUAUUUAUAGGAGAUGAAUUAUUAGAGGUUAAUGGAAAACAACUGCGGGAUACAAAAUAUUCUGAAAUUUUAACCAUUUUUAAGUCAUUACCUUCCAACAUAAUAUUAGUCUGUGCUCGAUCUCAUCAUUGGGCCAGCAAUUUGUCUUUAAUUCCAUGGUCUGAAAGACUGAUAAAAGCCAAAUCUGAUUCAUACCUUGCUCUUCGGAAAUGUCACAGAUCUGAUCAUAAUAUGAAUAGAAGAUCUCUUGAAAUACUUUCAUCUUUGGCAACGUGGAGUAGUGAACCACAUUUCAUAGAUUUGGUUAAAGGAGAUGAUGGCUUAGGAUUCAGCAUUGUGGAAUAUAAGGAUAAUGCAGUUCCCAAUAUUCAAGAUGAGAAUGUAAUUAUUGUUUGGAGUCUAGUUCCUGGUGCUGCUGCACAAAAAGAUGGUAGACUUUUACCAGGUGAUAGAUUACUCUCUGUAAAUAACAUUAAUUUCCGCCACACAAAUUUUGAAAUGGCUCAACAAGUUUUGAAGCAUGUACCUAAAGGAGUUGUUCGUUUAGGAAUUGCAAAACCAAUCACUCUGUCAAAAAGUGUUCCUGCUAAGAUAUCAUUCAAAGAACCACUAGAAACUCAACAAGAAAUAAUUGCCAAUGGAUCAAAUCUCAAAGUUUUUGAAUACAAUGGCAUUUGUCACACAUAUGAAGAACCAUUAAACAUGUAUGGAACAAGAUCCCAGACACCUUCAUCACUCUUCUCUUUUGGGAAUGACUCCCGUUGCUCAACUCCUUUUAGUAGUCCUGGUUUGUCCUCUAGUGGGAAAUUGUGGGGUUUUGAAAUACCAGUUUUGCCUUCUGCCCUUGAAAGAAUAGUCAAGAUCAGGAAAGGAAACAAUAAACUAGGUUUAAUAUUGGAUAUGGUUGACCGAGGGCAGAAUGGAAUGAUUGUCAAGUCUAUCCGUCCAGCCAGUGCUGUUGAAAAAGAUGGAACUGUACAAAUUGGAGACUACAUACUUGGCGUCAAUUCCGAAAACAUGCGGAACAUCACCAGAUCUCAGGCUAGAGCCAUUAUUCGCCGAGCUGAAUUGACAAGUUCUGACAUUGUCAUUAAAUAUAUUCCUGGAGGUGAUGCAGCUGUGCAUCAGCAGUCUGCAGUUUUAGCAAAGAUGCAUGAAGGCAAUGUCUCGCCAACUCCUUCUAUUAUAUCUCGACAACCAUCCCCAAGAGUUUUUCCAGCUUAUUACAGGUCACCAUAUUUCUCGCAUAAAAGCACAAAGAGCACACCUGACCGUGAUGAUGCUGAUGGCCAGAUUUCUCCCUUCAGUUUCCUGAGUGAGGAUGAUGUUCUAGCCACUCCUUCGUCUUUGUACACAGACAAUUUUGAUUCUUCUUCUGAUGAUCUUCUGCUUGACCAAUCUUCAGAUGGAGGAAUGAAGGAGGGGGGAGAAAAAAGUGAAGCAUUUCCCUCUGUUGAGGACAGAAUUUUGCUUUUCCAAGGAACUAAGCAUCAAGUGCCUUCUAAGUUCAGUAGGAUGUCAACGUCUCCCACAGUUUCACCUGUUCAAGAUGAAUCUCCAACCCAACAAAAAAGUCCUGAACUUCCAGAAACUCCAGAUUCGAUUCCAGAGGUGCCAAUACCCAAUUCUAAUGUCUCCAGUCCUGUGGUGACAUCUUUGGGAUGCCAGUGGGGAGUUAAUAGAACUAUUGAGUUAUGGAGGGACCCUGGACAAGAAAUUGGUAUUGGGGUUGUGAUGGGAUGCAUUGAUGUCCAAGAAGAACAAGACAGAACUCCUCUUUCAGGGAUUUUUAUUAAACAUAUUGUUCCAGAUAGUUUGGCAGGGCGAGAAGGAACUAUUAAUCGGGGAGAUCGAAUUGUAGCUGUAAAUGGUAUUGACUUGCAAAAUGCAUCUUAUAAGGAAGCAAUUGAAACUAUUCAAAAUGCUGAAAAUCCUAUAAGACUCACAGUGCAAAGUUUAGUGCCUUGGUUUCCCUCAGCCACUGACAGUGCAGCACAAAGCCCAGUCUCCAAAGAAGAUUCCACGCCUCUUCGUAGUUCUCAGGCUUCAUUCCAUGCAGAAAAACUAAAACAACGAUCUAUGUCUGAAGAUGAAGAACUAGAAGAUACCCUGGAUACAGAUUUUCAGGGAAAAGUUUACACAUCGAAAGGAGUUGAAAUUGAUCGAAAUAGUGCUGGUUACCUUAAGAUCUCUGAUGACAGUGAAGAGGAGGAUGAUUUUGGAUAUACCAACAAAAAGGUACAGAAAAAAUAUGGAGAUUUAGGUACUAUCCUGCUUGUAGAAGUUGAAAAAGGUGCUAAUGGCUUAGGUAUCAGUUUAGCUGGAAAUAAAGAUCGUUCCAAAAUGAGUACUUUUGUCUGUGGAUUGCAUCCAAAUGGCAAAGCUGCUAAACUGGAAGCCUUUCAAGUUGGAGAUGAGUUACUUGAAGUCAAUGGAGUAGUUCUAUUUGGUAGAUGCCAUUUAAAUGUUUCUGCUGUUAUUCGAGGUAUGAUGACACCAACUUGCAAAUUUGUUGUUCUUAGGAGGGAAAACAGCGUUGAAGAAAUGGCUGUUAAACCAAUCACUCACUUUCCAGUUGAUUUAGAAAAUGAGAAAAUAGAAGAUCUGAUAUCAUCUCAUCCAGGAGUUCGGACAGUUACAACAAAGAAGGGUGAACAUGGUUUAGGAAUUAUGAUAUUGGAAGGUAAACACGUCGAAUUAGGAAGAGGUAUUUUCAUAUCUGAUCUUCAGAAAGAUAGUCCUGCAGAAAAAUCUGGUUUAUGUGUAGGAGACAUGAUUUUAGCUGUGAACAAGACAAAAUUAAUUGGUGCUGAUUAUGAACUGGCUGCUUCUGUUUUGAAAAAUGAAGAUGGACCAAUGACCUUUUUAGUGGUGAAUUCUCAAAAACCUGCCUCAAGUCCUGUGCACAAUGAUAUAGACCAUGAUAAGAAACCUAGAAACAGCUUAGGGAUUUUACCAGACACUGAUACCCGGCGUAAAAGUUCUACUCCUUCAUCUUUGUGUCCAACACCUUCACCAAACAGUUCUUCUCCAUCUCCAAAUCUACCUGCCUGCCCAAUUCCACCUCCAGCAGAAUUCUCUGAUCCAUGUGUCACAUUGGAUGUUGUAGGGAAGGAAAUGGUUGUUGACAUUCACAGGGAAAAGAAUGGUCUUGGACUUGGUAUAGUUGGUGGUUCAGAUACACCUAUUGGCUGCAUUGUAAUACAUGAGAUUUAUGCUAAUGGAGCUGUAGCCCAAGAUGGUAGACUUAAACCUGGUGAUCAAAUUUUAGAGGUUAAUGGCCAUGAUUUAAGACAUGCGACACAUCAAGAAGCUAUAAAUUUCUUGAGGCAUUCUGUACCCAAUGUUCAGAUACGAGUUUAUAGACAUAAAGAAACAUCCGAGAGUCUGUCUUUAGCUGAAUUUUCAGUGGAACUUUAUAAAAAACCUGGUCGUGGUUUAGGUCUCACUAUUGUUGGCAAAAGUAAUGCUCCAGGAGUUUACAUUUCUGAAGUUAUUAAAGGUGGAGUUGCUGAUUUAGAAGGAUCUCUUAUGGAAGGAGAUCAAAUUUUAGAAGUGAAUGGACAGAAUCUGAGGGAAUAUGACCAAGAAGCUGCAGCAGUCUUUUUGAAAACUUGUGUAGGAAAAAUAAAUAUGAAAAUUGGACGGUUGAAAUGUGAAACAAAUCUCCCCCCAAGAAGGUCGAUGCAUUGAAAUUCUGCUUUUAAUAUAUAUGUACAGCACCCAAGUACCUUAUUCUGAUAUCCUGUAACUAUGCAAUGUGCAAUUGAU